AACAGCUCAGCUGCCAGCAAAAGCAGGUGCUCUCGCCGUAUCUGAGCUCCAGAGGAAAUAUUUAAAACAGUUGUCCUAGAUAGAGUUACAGCUUUGUAACAUACUGCAUGGAAACUUCAACUCUGGAAAUGGAAAACCUGAUGCUUGGCUACAGUUCCUGUAAAGUUAUCUGGACACUGCUUAUAACAAUUUUAGGCUAUACCAGCUGUCUGCCUGUGGGUGAUGAUUCUGUUUGCACAGCAGAGGAAGUUGCUAAGUACAGCAUAGUCUUUGUAGGGAAAUGGAGUCAGGCUGCUUUCCCUAAGCAGUAUCCCCUUUAUAGGCCUCCAGCACAGUGGUCUUCCUUGCUAGGUGUUACCCAUAGUUCUGACUAUAACAUGUGGAAAAAAGAUGAAUAUGCCAGCAAUGGUGUGCGUGAUUUUGCUGAAAAGGGUGAAGCAUGGACAUUAAUGAAGGAAAUAGAAGCAGCUGGAGAAAAAAUUCAAAGUGUGCAUGGAAUCUUCUCAGCUCCUGCCAUUUCCAGUGGUACAGGACAAACCUUCACGGAAUUAGAAGCACAUUCAAGACACUCCUUAGUUUCUUUUGUUGUACGAAUUGUGCCCAGCCCUGAUUGGUUUGUGGGUGUUGACAGUCUAAAUCUAUGUGAAGGAGAUCAUUGGAAAGAACAAGAAACAGUAGAACUUUUUCCAUAUGAUGCUGGAACAGACAGUGGUUUCACAUUUUCCUCACCAAACUUUGCCACUAUUCCACAGGAUACUGUUACAGAGAUCACUUGUUCCUCUCCAAGUCACCCAGCAAACUCAUUUUAUUAUCCCAAGCUAAAAAGUUUGCCACCUAUUGCUCGAGUAACCAUUGUAAAACUUAAAAGAAACCAGCUGGGUCUUCCUGGUCCUCAGCCUAACCUGACUGCUGUAGGCAAUGAAAUAGAUGACUCUGUCUCAGAGACACCAUUGGACUGUGAGAUUUCACUGUGGUCUUCCUGGGGUCUUUGCAGAGGUACUUGUGGAAAGAUAGGGACCAAAACCAGAACUCGUUAUGUACGCCUUCAACCUGCCAAUAAUGGAACUCCUUGUCCAAACCUGGAUGAAGAAACAGAAUGUGAACCAGACAAUUGUGUCUGAAAUCUCCUUUCCAAUGGAAUAAAGAAUAGACGAUAAUUUAGAUCAUUUAAAUUAAGGUUAGAUUUAGUUGAAUCUAUACUCCAUGUCAGUCACUAUUCCUUAUAAUUCAGGUAUGUUGUCAUGUUUAAUUAGACUGGAUGCUGAUUCUAUUGUUUGAUAUCAAGACUUUUUUUAAUGACUUAAUUUUAGUCCAACAGUUUUUGAUCAUUUACAGGGAAAACAAAACAAAAUCCACGGAACUCAUUCCUUUCUACAAAUAUUGUGUAAGUUCUUGCAGUACCAUCUAGUGGCAGAAAAGAAAAUUUUGGACAUACUGCACAGUUCAUUUAUGUUAACAAAUCUUUUGAAUACAAUCUAGAUUAUCACAUACAUUCUUAAAUAUUAGAAUUUGUAGAUUUAAAUUUGUUUAUUUAUACCUAUAAAGCUAAUUAUUAUGUUGCUGUAAAUUAUGUUUUAUUAUAAUUUAUUGGCAUUAAUGUUGACUUCUUUUAAUCAUGUUUAAUUGAGUACACUUCUUUGGAAAACACUUACAUAAACCAGAGUGACCAGAUAUUGUAACCUAGUUAGGACAAUAAAAUAACUGCGUAAACUUGUCUUGAAUCCUAUGCAUGCAGAGCAGGAGGUUGGUUUUUCCUCAGACAUUGGAAAAAUGCCAACUACAAAACUACUCAGCUCAGAAGCUUCAUAUAAGCACUCAAAAGUCUGGAUACUAAUGGAGAGCCACUGAACUCAGUUGAGUUGAAUCUCUUUUCAGAUUUAAAAACUGACUGAUCUUUGGUGUGGAUCCCUACACAAAUAAACUGACUGGGAAAUAACUGGUGAACAAUUGUAAAGUCUGUUCAGCUGACUAUAAGUUAUACCAUUUUCUACAUGUAUGAAAUAAAUGUGUCCAUGUUUCUCUAAAAGCA